CUCAUGGUAAUAUUGUUAGUGCCGUGGAUGUGUCCGAGACUCGGCGACUCGGCCUUAAGUUCGUUGACCGGACACUUUUAUUAAUAAUGCCGCUGUGGCUGACCAACGGCGCUGAUGACCAUAAGCCGCUUCGGGUUACAUUCACACACAAGGCUUUGGGGGACGGAGUGACUGAUUUUAUGACUAUAUAAAUGUUGGAUACCAAUUUUGCAAGGCAGAGAAAAAACAAGACAGCUCUUCUGAAUUAAGACUUCUCUGCAAUAAGCGAUUCAAUACUAAACACUCUUCCUCAAUAUGGCCAUUCCCUCGGACCCGAAGCUGAAUGGCUUCGAAAUCAUUCAAACCAACUAUAAGCACAUUGGCGACCACGGUAUUCGGGCAGAUAUCUUGAUUCCUCAAAAUGAAUAUGCUGGCUCAAGGCCAUUGAUUGUCCGCCUUCAUGGCGGUGGCUUGAUGAUGGGUGACUCCCUAAACAUGGAAUGGUGGCCACACUGGGUAUCCGACCUCGCCCUCCAGAAAAACGCCAUCAUCAUCAGCCCCAAUUACCGUCUUUUGCCCGAAGCGACCAGCGCUGAUAUCUAUACCGACCUGGAAGACUUCUGGACAUGGCUGCGCUCUCCAGCUCUUGCCAAUCUCCUGGCCAACCACAAAACACCCACGAAGCUCGAUCUCGACCGUAUCUUUGUGACUGGUGAAUCUGCCGGCGGCCUGCUCAGUCUGUACUUGACUCUUGCACACCCAGAGGAAAUCCGUGCUGCCUCGGCUGCGUACCCCUGCCUGGCUCUGAAUGCCGAUUCUUUCACAAAGACGCGCGAGAGGGCACCAUUCGAUAAUCACGUUCCGGUAUCUGUUGUCGAGGAGAAUUUCAAGGCCGCAGUUUUGGGUACUGCCAAGUCAUCUAUAACCUCGCUCGAGAGUUUGAUGUUCAUGCUCGGUGCUAUCGAGCAUGGAUAUCUCUCCAAGUAUUAUCAGCGUGAUGCUGAGGGUGUGCCUGCCGAAGUGUUGUAUCCCAUGGCUCGAUUGGAGCAACCCGAUUUCAAGAUUCCUCGGGGUGGAAUUGCGGUGCUUCAUGGACGUCAGGAUAGUGUGGUGCCGCUGGGCGACGUUGAAGAGUUCGUCGAGCGGGCGAACGAGGUCCUCAAAGCUCGAUCCGGUGAAGAAGGAGGUGUUACUUUGACUUUGCGAGACGGCGAGCAUGGGUUUGAUGGGCCUGUUCGGUUUGAGGAGGAUUGGCUCCAGGAUGCUAUGCACAGGGCGAUCCGUGUCUGGUUGGAGUAGGCGAUCCGAUUGGAACUAAAUAGUUGAUUCUCGAUAAUACACUUUACUUUCACAAAG